AUGCCUCCAGCUCAAGGCCAAAAAAAUAAAGCAAGGAACGGUGCUACCGAGAAUACCUUAAAGGCAAGAGCUAAAAAGUUCGAACAUCUGGAUGCGGCGGCUACGGCUCUAACCCGGAUUUUGCGGCGACUCGACAUCAACCACAUGUUCGUUGGUGGGUACGCUGCCAGUGUUCUAGGCGGAGAGCGGGUUACUGAAGAUGUCGAUGUGAUAGUAACGAAGCAAUGUCGUGACUACAUAGUCAAGCAACCAAAUUUCCGUCUCUCUACCGAUAAUCGCUUGAUAUUCUGCCAUAAUGGCACCGAUGUCUUGAUUGAUGUGGCGCACUUCGAUCAAGACUAUGGCAAGGAUAAUUUCAAAACCUUUCCUGAGCCCACCAGACGCCGACUAAUCCAGGUCGACAUCCCUGAACGCCGGUUUGAACUUCCUCUUCCUGUUCUGCAUCCCAGAAUCCUGCUUUUGACAAAACUUGCGCCCUGGAAGGAAUCGUAUUUCUCCACACGCUCCGAUGCCAAGAUGCGGUCCAACACUGACCUUCAGGACAUCAUUGUCCUUUUGGAAUGGUUGAGGGACAGGGGGCUAAAGGUUGAUUUUGACACGGCGAAUGUAAAGGGAAAGAACACGUUUGUUCAAGCAUUGGGUCAUCUUUUUGUACAAGUGGAAGAAGCCCGGCCCCUCGUAGCGGGCGUUCUUGAUCCGUUCGUUCUAUGCGACGCCAUUAAUAAGGCUAAGCCAUGA